CCAAUAUUUAAAAAGGGUUGAUAUACAUUAAGCAAAAAAUAUUAUACUUUAUGAUGACAAAUUGAAGCUAAUAUAUUCUGUCUUUUGGUUGAAGAUAUAUUUAUAGAGAGAGAGAGAGAGAGAAUAUACUCCCAAGUUACGUAUCAUUCGUCUAGAAGGCCCUGCAGGCCGUUUACACCCCUCUGACCUAAUGAUCACUUCUUUCAAUAAAACUAAUCCUCGUCCUCAAUGCUACCAACUUGUUGACUCAAUCUACAUCUCCCUCUCUCUCUUUCUUUUUCUCUUUGUCUUUCUCUUUCUCUCUGUAAUUUUCCAAUCUCGCUGCUUGUAACAAAUCACAAAUGGAGUUAGAACAGCCAAAGCCAGAAAAUUCAGAAGAUCAUGAUCAUCAGCAACAAACUGAUGACGCUACUGCAACUCAAUCAGUUGUAGCGGCAAGAUCUUAUGAGUGCACCUUCUGCAAAAGAGGCUUCUCUAACGCUCAAGCUUUAGGGGGCCACAUGAAUAUCCACCGCAAAGACAAAGCCAAACUCAGACAAGUUAAUUCCCCCAAUUUUGAUGAACAUCACCUCCACCACCAACGACAACGACAACAACAAGAGGCAGCUUUGGACAUCCCGAGGAUGCCGCCCUUUUACUCUUCGAUCCCCGUGAUGAGUUCUUCCUUCGAAACCAAGCCUGCUGACCGCCUCCCCAGACAGCCUUGGUUUCUUGAUCAUAAUAAUAAUGAAGGUGAUACGCAAACUUCAAAGGCUAAUGAUGGUGAAGUAGUACAUCAACUUCGGCUCUUUGCUGAAACUCCUCCAGAUUUUAAUAAAUACCAAAACCCAGAUCAUUGUCCUCCUCCUCCUCAUCAUCAUCAUGAUCAAGUUGUCGAUGUAAAAAUUGAAAAGGGUUUGUCGUCAUCUCCUUCAGCGGGUUCGGAGUUAGACCUUGAGCUUAGACUGGGGCCUGAACCUCAUGAGGAUGCACCCGCGGCAGUUGGCACCAGAAAGUUCUUCUAUUGAAAAUUGAAGAAAAAUUAUACAAAUUGAUUAUGAUGGUAAUUUUUUUUUUUUCCCCCUUUCCUAUCAUUUCUAUUAAUUAUAUUUGUUUAUUGUAUUAAUUUUACAUAAUCUUACUUGUAUCUCAGCAAACAAAUAAUAUCCU